CUGUGGGGGGAUGGCAAAAACGGUGAUGAAAGAUAUAGCCAUAGCUACACACACACACAGUCCUCCACUUUCUCUUUCCAUGUCCUCUCUUCUCUUUCUUCUCUGCAACUCUCUCUCUGUUUGUGUCUUCUGCUGAUUUGAUUCUCCAACCACAAAAAUAAAAACCCUAUCAAACCUUUUUUUCAAAAGAGAGAACAAUCACACACAUAGCACUAAAGCUAAACUAAGCUCUCCAAGAGAGAACUUAAUCCCAUGGUUUUCUCAUCUAUUCCAGUCUAUCUAGAUCCACCCAAUUGGUCUCAUCAGCAGCAGCAACCAAAUCAAGAGCCGGGAGGAGGAGGAGGAGUAGGAGGACUGCUUACGAGCAAUGAGGCUCCCCAGCUCCCACAGCCGCCGCCGCCAGCACCUCCAGGAGGGCCGGGCUCGGUUCGUCCCGGUUCGAUGGCUGACAGAGCUCGUAUGGCGAAGAUCCCUAUGCCAGAGCCUGGGCUCAAGUGCCCUCGAUGUGAAUCCACCAACACUAAGUUCUGCUACUUCAAUAACUAUAGCCUUUCUCAGCCUCGCCACUUCUGCAAGACCUGCAGGAGGUACUGGACUCGGGGAGGUGCCCUGAGGAGUGUUCCCGUAGGAGGAGGCUGCCGGAGAAACAAGAGGAGCAAAGGUAAUAACAGAUCCAAGUCUCCGGCAGUGACGGCGGCGGCCUCUAGCUCCACCACCAGUGGUGGCUGUGGCGGUAUUUCUUCCACCAGCACUGGUGCAACCGCAUCGGCAGAUGUCAUCAUUGGCCAUAGUCUGCCAACGUCAGGGCCAUCACAAUUGUUUCCUUUCUUGCCUCCUUUGCACAAUCUCAACGAUUAUGUUCCAAACAACAUAGGGUUAAACUUUGAGACAAGUCGAAAAAUUGGUGGCCACGACAUGGAAUUUCCAAUCUGCAACACCACCGCCGGAAAUGGAAUGAUAUUGCCAAAUGGAAUAGCCGACCAACAAUGGAGACUUCAGCAGUUUUCUUUCUUUGGCAAUAAUAAUCUGCAAGCAUCAGCACAAGUCGGGUUUUAUCCCAUACAAGGUGAUCUGCAGGGCGCUUCUAGUGAGCAUCCAAUUUUGUCUAAGCCUCCGGAUUCUGAUCAGAUUACGGGCGUUAAGAUGGAAGAAAUUAGCCAAGGGUUGAAUCUGUCGAGAAACUUUUCAGACCUAUCUGGUACCGGUCAGUACUGGCAGGGCAAUGGCACUGGAACUGGCAACGCUGCAUGGGGCAGUGAUCUUUCUCACGGCUUCUAAUCUUCCACAAGUCAUCUCUUGUGAGUGCUUUCACUAACCCUCUGUCACUUCGAAAAGUCUGUAAACUCUUCGAAUUGAAACAGUUAUAUAUAAGGAGAGCCGGUGCAGAUACACUUGAUAGGAUGGUUCCCCGGCCAUUUGCGAAUUCCCCAGUAAAGGGAUCUUCUAUGGGUUUUAAUUUCCCGUUACACAGUAAGCUGUGGGAUCUAAUAUUCCUCCUUGAAAUUCAUUUGGAGUAGAAGAAACUAUUGCAAAUUUUGAGGUGGAUGUGAAGAACGAGGAGGUAUAGAAGCUGCUAAUUAACUUGUUAUCAAUGUGCUUUCACUCGUAUUGUUCAUAUAACUUGGGAUUCAAUGGGUUAGGGUCACAAUUUGUCCCAAAAAUCUUUUAUUGUUAUUCUUUUUGUCAAGUAUUUUCAUUGGAGGAAUUUGUUUUGGGUAUAGUAGGUUAUUUGGGGUAUGAAUGGACCAUCUUUGGGCGCCUAAGAAAAAAUCAUAUGAAUUCUUAUGAUCGAGAAACAUCGAAAGUGAUAUUUCCUUGUACUUAAUUAGUAUAUACUGACUGAAUCAUAUAUUAUGUUUGCUCGAAUCUGCUCAAUUUUACGUUUCCUUUCCCUUAUUGUAUAAAUUUGUGAAACUUUAUA